AUGGAACUGCUUUUCGUAGCUAAUACUCUCGGCCGGGCGUGUUGCUCCUGUUUUCGUUCUUCUCCGAAGAAGCGCGCGCGAUAUACGUCGUGGCCGGGAAGUGAGGAUCACGAACUCCAGAUACACGGAGGCCAGGAUCAAGGAUUUCGAGGCCAGGGUGCCCACUUGUCUGCAAAUGAACGCUCGGGCCAGGGACAUCAUUUUCGACAAGCGAAAAUGAAAAUGGAGCCACGAUACCAAAUGUCAGCCGCAGAACGUGCUAAAGUUGGACUAGCUUUGAAUCAUCAGAAGCACGAUAUUCCUCAGCAAGCCGACCCCGCUCCAGCUCAAUUUCCAAUGCCAACCGAGAAGGGAAACAAGGGGAGCGGCCAGGUCAAAGGGGUUCCUGCCGUGACCAACAGCCAACAAUCAGACCCAUCCACGUCUGCCGCUACCAGAGAGCCAGGCACUGCAGUAGAACAAACAAAUGCAUCUCGAGACGCUCAAUCAGCAGAUGCCCUUGUGCUUAAGUCUUAG